AUGCCGCCUAUUGAAAGGAAUACAAGAACGUCAAAGAUUGGCUUCAUUCAAACGUUGAAGACGCAAAUUCAAGAAGACCCACAAAUUGUUCCAAAUGUUCUAAUCUUUUGCUUCAAUGAUACUGAGAAUCCAUUGAACAUGGCGGAUUUUGAAGCUCCAAAUGUCAUGAAAAGAACUAAAGAAUGGAGCGUUCAACGAACUAGAAACAUGAAAAGAAGAAAAAGAGUAUCCAACCAGAAGAGGGGAUGGUGGGAGAUUUGGAAGAAUAGUCUAAAAUACAAAGGGGAUUGGCUCCAAGAAGUGCAAGGCACGUUGAUGUUGGUAGCGACGGUGAUAGCAACCGUGACAUUUCAAGGUGCGAUCGACCCUCCUGGCGGGAUUUGGCAACAAGAUGUGUUGACUAAUUGCAGCUGGAAACAAGGAACAGAGGUGCAUGCCCAAGUUGGGACUGCAAUAAUGGCAUGCAAAUCUCUCUAUGUCUACAUACGUUAUUUUAUGGCGAAUUCGAUAUCGUUCCUUGCAUCGGUGAGUGUUAUUCUAUUAAUAGUGAGUGGGUUUCCUUUGAAAAACAGGGUUUUUGGUGGGUUGUUGACAUUAGCCAUGUGUGUUGCUGUUGCAUGCUUAGCGUUUGCAUACGUUUGUGGAUCGGCUAUGGUUAAUGGGAAUCAAACAUCCCAAAGUUACUUAUGGGUUUUGCUUCGCGUUUGGUAUGGAAUUGUUGGGCUUGUUACUCUUUGUUGCGUUAUAAUUCCUUUUCUCAUUUGGGCGGUGAAGACAUUUGUUCGUAUAUUCACGGACUCCUCAAAGGUUUCGCAUGUUUCAACAGCACCAUGUAGAGAGCCCGAGUAUGCGAGUCAAUAA